AUGAGUGCAGGCAGACCACCAACUCUCAACGCCUCUUCCCAAUCCUUCUUUUCUCUCAACUUGAAUAUAACGGAUCAAGGAAGCGUCUCUCAAAGACCACCAGUACAACCAACGCUCUUCUCAUCCGCACCACCCCUAUUCUUAUCCAUACCCCCACGGCUACCACCAUCAGUCCAACCAAAAUUCUCUGCAGAUUUUCCCACAGCUUUUCGUCCUCCUGUAAUUUAUAGCAGUACCUCUCAGCAAUCAACUGGAGUCGUGUCACCGCCACUCAUACAUGACCAGGAAGAUGGUUCGUUGAUUUUCUCACCGUCAGCCACACCACCAGCACCCCAGAUUCCCCCCACUUUUAAUUCACUAUCACCACCACCAUCACCAGUACCAGAGACUGAAAACUUUCCCACACUACCGGAUUCUGCUACCAUUCCCAGUACUUUUACGAUUGUGACUGCUCCCCAUUUUGUUGGGAUGACAACUGUAUCUGAAACACUCCCGGCACGGGUUGAGAGAGAAGUUGUCCCGGAAACGGCUGCGUCGACUUCCUCAUUCCCCCCACCACCGCGCUCAUUACGCACAACGCUCCCACCCCUGGCUAAAGUUACAUUCAAUUUUGAAGUAGAACGGGUGAUUGCAAACAUCCCUACUCCAUCAGCAAGCUUCCGGGGUUUAUAGGGGUUGAGUCAAUGCGAUGGAAACAGACGUACUUGGACUGCCUUGACUUUGUUAAUAUGCAGCUCAAUAUGAGAGAACGACGUCACCAGGUUGGAUUGACUCAUGCAGAACAAAACAAACGGAUGAAUCGUUGUAUGCAUGAGAUAAUUCCACACACGGGACAUGAAAAAGAUGCAAAAGCUUGUUACUUAAAUUAUUAUGCGUAUGCAUGUAAAUAGUUAUGACAAUUUUGUUACUCUUACAACGUUAUGGUUAAUAAGUAGCCACACACACACA